AUGGACGAGACAGCACUUUCACCCGAUUUACACCCGCUACUGACCGCGUACGUGAUAGGAUUAUUGGGCAAAAACGGUGUUACUACGUUGGAAAGUUUCUUUGAAAUCAAUGGCGGUAGACUUGCGAAGAUCGCGAAUCUACCGCCUAUUGCCUUCGUCUCCGUAAGAUCACAGCUGGCGCAACAACUCACGCCUUUGAUCCAGAGCGCUGCCUCACUGGCCAAUCGUGAACGGCGUCCGAUCGUGACGGGCAUCACCGAGCUCGAUAAACUCCUAAAAGGUGGCCUACGACCGGGACACAUCUACGAACUGUGCGGUGAUUCCUGUACCGGUAAAACCCAACUCUGUCAUACGCUGGCCGCGAAUGUGGCCUUCACAAGCAGCAACCGGCCGGUCUAUUACAUCGACACAAAGUGUGCCUUUUCUGCCAUCAAAAUCCAGCAAAUUCUCGAACGACAGCACAAGGAUUUGACCGAACGAAGUUUGGCGCGCACACUGGACAACAUCAAGGUGGAACGUGUGUUCAAUCCCGAGCUGCUACUACAAGCGAUCCAGCAGCUGGCAAAGAACAAGCGAGCGGAAGACGAUCCUGCUCCAGCUCUUCUUAUCAUCAAUUCGAUUCCCUCGCUCUGGUACCUGCCUCUUCGUUCAGGUAGCCCCUUAGGUUCGGUCGGAUUUCUGAGGGCGCUAAUCUGCGCUUUGCGCCGGUUCGCUGCGGAGCAUUCGGUAGCGGUGGUGCUCGUCAAUAUUACGCUACGGUCACAGGGUGGAGCAAAGGCGAGCGAACGGAAGCUAACCCCCUCCGGAAGCUAUCUGGCAAUGGGCAAGUCCUGGGAAAGUGCACCGGACACGAGGCUGCUACUGUUGACGAAGCGGAAGACCAACGAUAACGGUGAAAGGAUUGUGCAGGUUUGGAAGAGCAAGCACCUUCGAACGGGCGCCAAGGCAACAGUUCGGAUCACCGAUGCUGGGAUAAAUUGAUCGCGAGACACGUGGCUAAAU